UGAGUGGGCUAGUACACGAUUUGAUCAUUUUUGAUGAUUCAUAACCCAAUGAUCUCACAGCAAGGAAGAGUAAAUCUCUAUAACAAACUUACAGUCGGGGAGGAGAUGAGGAUGGCAGUUGUACGCAUGGUCCAGAUUAGCAGGGGCACCCGCAACUUACGCCUCCUCCUAUGUCGCCCUAAUUCUCACUUUACUGAUUCAAUGCUACCCCACCCUGGCUCUACUCCUCCACUCUCCAGACAGAUUGGUAUGGAGUCACAAAGUGUUGCAGCAAGGCUCAAUAGUUCUGGAUUUUUACGAACUCAGGGCCUUAUUGCGGGAAAAUGGACUGAUGCAUAUGAUGGGAAAACCAUUAAGGUUCAUAACCCUGCUACUGGCGAAGUUAUUGCAAAUGUCCCUUGCAUGGGUGGGAAGGAGACAAAUGAUGCUAUCUCUUCAGCCUACGAUGCAUUCAAAUCAUGGAGCAAAGUUACCGCUGCUGAAAGGAGCAAAUGCCUACGGAAAUGGUAUGACUUGAUAGUUGCCCACAAAGAAGAGCUUGGACAACUUAUUACCUUAGAGCAAGGAAAACCUUUGAAAGAAGCAAUUGGUGAGGUGAUCUAUGGAGCCAGUUUUAUUGAGUUCGCUGCAGAGGAGGCUAAACGUGUGUAUGGUGAUAUAAUUCCAUCGACACUGCCUGAUCGUCGGUUGUUUGUUUUAAAGCAGCCCGUAGGCGUUGUUGGUGCAAUUGCACCCUGGAAUUUUCCCUUGGCAAUGAUUACUCGAAAGGUUGGUCCUGCCCUUGCUUGUGGCUGUACUGUGGUCGUAAAGCCCUCUGAACUUACACCCCUGACUGCUCUAGCGGCAGCUGAGCUCUCCCUUCAAGCUGGAAUACCACCGGGUGCUGUCAAUGUUGUCAUGGGAAAUGCUUCUGCUAUUGGGGAUGCUUUGCUUGCAAGUCCAGAGGUAAGGAAGAUUACAUUCACUGGUUCAACCGCUGUUGGGAAGAAAUUGAUGGCAGGUGCUGCUGGGACCGUUAAGAAGAUUUCACUGGAACUUGGUGGGAAUGCUCCUUGCAUAAUCUUUGACGAUGCAGACCUGGAUGUCGCAAUAAAAGGAACCUUGGCAACAAAGUUCCGCAAUAGUGGACAAACAUGCGUCUGUGCUAAUAGAAUAAUUGUGCAAGAAGGUAUUUACGAUAAAUUUGCAAGUGCUUUAUCAAAUGCUGUCCAGAAAAUGCAAGUCGGGGAUGGUUUUCAUGAAGGUGUAUUACAGGGCCCACUAAUCAAUGAAGCUGCAAUGCAAAAGGUUGAAUCUUUUCUGGAAGAUGCUACGUCAAAGGGAGCGAAAGUCCUUCUCGGGGGAAAGAGACACAGCCUUGGAAUGAAUUUUUUUGAGCCUACUGUAAUAGCUGAUGUCAAUAGUGAGAUGCUCAUGUCAAGGGAGGAAGUAUUUGGACCUGUUGCACCCCUUAUGAGAUUUAAAACUGAGGAGGAAGCUAUUCGCAUUGCUAAUGACACAAAUGCAGGAUUAGCUGCUUAUUUAUUCACGACAAAUAUGCAACGUUCCUGGCGUGUUUCUGAAGCUCUUGAGUAUGGAAUCGUUGGAGUCAAUGAAGGACUUGUUUCGACUGAGGUGGCUCCAUUUGGAGGUGUUAAGCAGUCUGGUCUUGGACGGGAAGGUUCCAAAUAUGGAAUGGAUGAAUACUUGGAGAUUAAGUACGUGUGUUUGGGAAACAUGAGCAGUAACUGACUUUAAAGGUUUAUAUUUCAAACCUAAGCAAGGUUCCCACACCAGGUGAUGAAAAAUCAAGACGAUCUUGUGACUCUGCCUUACGAUUUUGAAGUGGAAAGUGGUGUUGAGUUACAGGUGCAGGGUUCUGCCGUUCUCAAGCCUCAUAUAAAAUGAGUCCAAAUAAGUGUCAGAGCACCUUUCAGCGUCAAAAUUUAACUGUUACAUGAUUUUGUGGUGGAAACCUCUUGUUUUUGUUAACCUUUCUGUAAAUGGUUUGGACGAUUGCCUUUCUUGUGCAAACCGAGAGAAUCGUCGUUGAAUUUCUCUGAGAAUCCUUCCCAUCUAAAACCAUGUCUGUUGUUUGCA